AUGGAGGUGUAUGUUUUUCAAGGGGUUAGUAAAGCUAAUCAGACCCCACUUGAAUUGGAGUUUGUACCCCAUGUGACUGAAAGUGGGGUAGGUGAGGAAUCUUUUAAUGAGACUUCUAACCCUAAUAAUCAGCCUCCUACUUCUACUUUUCCUUCCAUCCCUACAGAUGGUCCUUCUGAAACUUCUAGCACUCCAUUUGAAGCUCAGUCUUCUACUGUGCCUCCACGAUCUCCUUCUAUUGUGCCUCCUUCUUCUAUUGUGCCUCUACCAUAUCUUUCUACUGUGUCUCUUCCUUCCGAUGUGCCUCCCCCAUCUACUUUUACUGUGCCUCCUCCUUCCUAUGUUCCUUCAUAUGAUUAUCCUAUAAUAGAUAAUGAUCCAACUGAUGACGAAGUGGAAGAUAAAUCAGGAUCUGAAGGGAAUACUAGUGAAGAUACAGAGGUUGACAGUGAUGUUCAUUAA